AUGGCACCUUUUUCUUUUAUAAAAAUAUCUACAUUAAUCUUUGCAUAUCUAUUCUUAUGGUAUCAAACCAAUGAUCAACACCAGGUGAGUGCAUUAAGCACAUUAAAGGAUGAUGAUGAUGUAUCCGUUGGAAACGGUUUAUAUUCAUCAGAGGAAGAUAUAAAUAAUGGAAAUAGUCGUUUAAAGACAUUACAAAGUGAUGGAACAAAUGAUUCGCCGUCAUCACAUCAAGAGGAGUCGGAUGACAAUGAUGUGAGCACAUUGCUCGGUUCGAUAGACAACGAAUUGUUAGAACAUGCACUAUCAGGACAAACACCGUCUUCAGCGAAAAGGAGAGAAAAUAGUUCUAAAGGAAUUGGAACAAAAAUAAAAGAAAGUUGUAAAAAAUUAACACAUUAUAAAAAUAAAAAUAAAAUACUACUAAUUGUUAUAUUGAUCACUCUUGCCCUCUAUCCAUUAACACUGUCUUAUGCGAGUAGGACGGGGUACAUCCUGAUGCAGACUGUGUCAUCUGAAUAUAUGCACUACGUUAUUCUGGUUGUCACCACAAUCAUGGGAUUAAACUACUUGGGCAUACUAUUCUGGUUUUUAUCGUUCCAAAGUUUGGAUUAA